GUGAGCGCGCCCCUUCCGCAGGGUCAUAUGACUAGUGGCAUUAAUUCGCCUGGCUAAAGCGUUUGCUGCUUGUCUUCUCGUCAGGCGACGCGUUUUAUUUAAUUGAAUCUGAAGAAUGGCAACGUUAGUCGCGAAUCGUCCGGUGGACCUCAACGGGCCAGAAGCUGCAGCCAGACAGCACGCACAAGCCGUGACGAGAAACUAUAUUUCACAGCCCCGGCUGACUUACUCCACUGUCUCAGGUGUUAACGGGCCUCUGGUCAUCUUGGACAACGUCAAAUUUCCUCGUUACGCCGAGAUCGUCCACCUCACCCUGCCCGAUGGCACUAAGCGGAGCGGACAGGUGCUGGAGGUGAGCGGCAACAAGGCUGUUGUUCAGGUGUUCGAAGGGACCUCAGGGAUCGAUGCAAAGAAGACCGCAUGCGAGUUCACGGGUGACAUCCUACGCACGCCUGUGUCUGAGGACAUGCUGGGGCGUAUUUUCAACGGCUCAGGGAAGCCCAUCGACCGCGGCCCAAGCGUUCUGGCCGAGGAGUACUUGGACAUCAUGGGCCAACCCAUCAACCCUCAGUGCCGUAUCUAUCCAGAAGAGAUGAUCCAGACGGGCAUUUCUGCCAUCGAUGGUAUGAACAGCAUCGCCAGAGGACAGAAGAUCCCCAUCUUUUCUGCUGCUGGUCUUCCACACAACGAGAUCGCCGCUCAGAUCUGUCGCCAGGCCGGUUUGGUGCAGAAGUCGAAGGACGUCAUGGAUUACAGCGGCGAGAACUUCGCCAUCGUGUUCGCCGCUAUGGGGGUCAACAUGGAGACUGCCCGUUUCUUCAAGUCGGACUUCGAGGAGAACGGAUCCAUGGACAACGUCUGCUUGUUCCUGAAUCUGGCCAACGACCCUACGAUUGAGCGCAUCAUCACCCCGCGACUGGCUCUGACCUCAGCCGAAUAUCUGGCGUAUCAGUGUGAGAAGCACGUGCUGGUCAUCCUGACGGACAUGAGCUCCUACGCCGAGGCUCUGAGAGAGGUGUCUGCUGCUCGUGAGGAGGUGCCAGGCCGUCGUGGUUUCCCUGGUUACAUGUACACCGAUCUGGCUACGAUCUAUGAGCGAGCCGGUAGAGUGGAAGGCAGAAAUGGAUCAAUCACACAAAUCCCCAUCCUCACCAUGCCUAAUGACGAUAUCACUCAUCCCAUCCCUGAUCUGACUGGUUACAUCACGGAGGGUCAGGUCUAUGUGGACCGGCAGCUGCACAACAGACAGGUGUAUCCCCCAAUCAAUGUCCUGCCGUCCUUGUCCCGUCUGAUGAAGUCUGCCAUCGGGGAGGGCAUGACCCGCAAAGACCACUCGGACGUCUCUAACCAACUGUAUGCAUGCUAUGCUAUCGGUAAGGACGUGCAGGCGAUGAAGGCCGUGGUAGGAGAAGAAGCUUUGACCCCAGAUGAUCUGCUCUAUUUGGAGUUCUUGCAGAAGUUCGAAAGGAACUUCAUCUCUCAAGGUGCUUAUGACAACCGCACAGUGUUUGAGACUCUGGAUAUCGGCUGGCAGCUGCUGCGUAUUUUCCCCAAAGAGAUGCUGAAGCGAAUCCCGGAGAGCACGCUGGCCGAGUUUUACCCCAGAGAGUCCACCGCACGCCAUGGAACCUCCUAACCCCGAAGAACAAAAGUCAUGUGACAUUUUUACCUCCAGCGUGUGUGUGUACUUCCACCCUGAGUUCAGAGUACAGUAAUGCCUUAAACAUGGGGGCCUGAUACUGCACUGUAAUCAAACAUACCAGCAAAUCCGUUUCAUUAUUAAACUCCAGAUGUGCUCGUGACUAAAUAAACAUGCUCUUCAUGUGGCCCUGUGUGUAAAGUGUUGCUCUGUGCUCUCGGCUCAGUGCUGUGCGUGUGUGUGUGGAUUUGUGUGUAACUGAUUAGUCUACUGUAGUACGUGUUUGUGUUAUUUUCUUCGUGCGUGUUUUUUUUUUUUUCUAUCCUGCAAGAUGUAAGCAGCCCUUUAAAUCAGGUAAUACAAAUGCUGGACCUUAAUUUCAUUCUGUGUUACGUUGUUUUUUUGGGGGGUUUUUUCUCUCCAACCUGAAGAAAAUGUCCUGAGCUGAAAGGGAACAACAUUGUGUUCAGUGACUCCCUUACGCUGAUGUUUCAUUUCAUCCCUUUUAAAAUGUGUUUAUUAACAUUCCUGUAUUCAAUCCAUAUUUGUAAGUAAUUGUAAGCAAUAGCAGUACAGCUGCGACAAAUUCAAGAAGCUGCAUUAAUUUAUUUCAUCAAUUAUUCCUUCCCUUUCCUUCAACUCGAAAGUCAUUUUUGUUUUGUUUAGCGGAACACGGAUUGUUUACAUUUUGCAUUUUGGUUUAUGUGCUGCGGUUCGUUUUAGAAAUAAAUCAUGUGAACAUUCCCCUGGUGUGUGAUUCUCCGACUUCAAUUGUAUGCAUAUGGUCUAUUUCUGUGUCGAAUUUAAACUGAAAUAAAUUAUAUUAUUCUCCUUA